UCGGACCACAGAGGGUGGAAGCUGCUUUUGCUAACGCAGAGCCAAUCAGAGCCAGGCGGUCAGGGCAUAGCAGGCUUUAGCCAAUCGUGUGGGAAGCCUGGUGCUGUGAGGAUGAAUGCAGAGCCCUCCAAGCUGGAGCCUGUUGCUUCUUUGUUGCUGCAUUGUCAUGGGACGGCUCCUUCCCUGAAAGCUCCUUUUCAAGCAGAGAGUCCUACCAAAGGUACAUGCUCAUCUUCACCCCCAGCUUGCUCCCACAGAGGUACAGCAGCGGGGAGACAGGCUGUCCGGGGUGGAGAAGGACAGCUCCAUUGCAGAGAGAGGAGAGGCAGACAAGAGAGAGAGAGAGCGAUCAGGUGCACUGAAUUGCUCUGGACACCUCAUGGAGACAGCGCGCAGACCAGUGCAGAGAUACUGGUGAAAACUUAGAGCACGCCUCACAGGCUGCCCAUGAAUCCACCCUGUCCUACACAUUCUCAGAGGGGGAAUGCAGCCAGGUCUGGGAACGCUCACGCACACUUAGAGCUGAGCUAACCGUUAGACUCCUGAGCUAGAGGACUACGUAACACAGGAAAAUCUUGAGCCACUGACAGAGGAUGAGAGUGAACCGAAUUGCAACACAUACACUCACGAGGAAGACACACGCAAAUCCUCCACUCACUGGCACGUCCGCCACAUAUACACGUUGCAAAGAGGAGAAGUCCUGCAGAUACCUGUGAGUGUAACCAUGGCCCAGGUGCAGUACGACUGUUCCAGGGGGAAUCAUCAGAACAUCACCAAUUCAACAACCUCCCCCGUGGGACAUGAGCAAAUUCAACUCCUGUUGCACGUCUGCAAGGAAGCUAAGAAAUCUGCUUACUGUCCAUAUAGUCACUUCCCAGUGGGAGCAGCACUACUGACUUGUGAUGGGAAGAUCUUCUCUGGCUGCAAUGUAGAAAAUGCCUGCUACCCCCUGGGGGUGUGUGCUGAACGCACUGCCAUUCAGAAAGCCGUGUCAGAAGGGUACGUGAAUUUCAGAGCCAUGGCCAUUGCUAGCAACAGUGAAGAGGACUUCAUCGUGCCCUGUGGGGCCUGCAGACAAGUAAUGAGAGAGUUCAGUAGAGACUGGGACAUUUACAUGACGAAGCCAGAUGGGACCUAUAUAGUCAAGACUCUUCAAGAGCUCCUGCCCCUGUCAUUUGGACCAGAAGAUCUGAAGAAGUUCUGAAGAGUAUGUGGAGCAUGUGAUCUGCAACGACACUAAAGAACCUCCAGACAAUCUUAUGCUUUCUGUCUGCAGGACGAAGAUUUAUUUCAGAUACUUCCCAACUCUGUCUCCUAGGGAAUGUCAUUCAACUUCUGUAAGCCUCAGGGAACUCCAAUGCAAAUAAUUUUCAUUUAUACUAGGCCUGGGGAAGGGGUGGCAAGAACCAGAUCUGCCUCAUUGUGAAUUGGCCAAUCCCAAACGUUCACAAGUUCGGUUUAGCAGACAUGGCAGUAUGAUGUCAUGGUUAGAGCAGGUUGGGAAUUUGUCAACAAAACAUUUUGCAUGGGAAAACGCCAGUUCAUCGAAACAGUGUGAGCUAGUCACAUGACCACUCUGUGCCUCAGUUUCCUCACCUGAAUAAUGAUGCAUUAAUCUUUUUUUGCAAAGUGAUUUGAGAUGCUUGGGUGAGAAAUGCUUUUAUAGUGCUAAAUAUUAUUAUUGCUCACAUUAAUGCAGUUACUCCAGAUUUAUACUGGUUUAACUGAGACCGGUCUCUGGCCGGUCUCAUAUAAGAGUCUCAUAUAAGGUCAGAAUGUAAAUUCUAAUAUACUAGAGGGUCCACAUUAUUCUGAAACAUAUUACUCAAGCACAAUGGGCCAAGUGCACCUUUUCCCCCACAUCUUCCUACCUCAGGUUAUAUGCUGUACAUUUAUUUACUAGUGAUUAGAGAACAACCAAACUAAAGAUUCAUUGAGUUCUGGUUUGGAUCCAGAUCUCAUUUUAUGCAAACCUCUAAAGUUCCGAUGGAGGAGAAUUUAACACGGAGUUUUAAUUCUGGCCCAUCACUACUGUUGAUCAAAAUUGCACAGAUCAAUAAAUCAUACAAAUCCAGGAAUUCUGUAAUGUAAAAUAGUUAUUUGUAAAGAUAAGAAGAAAAACUAAAUAAGAGAGAAGAGAAACUUUAAUAAAUCCAAAGUAUACUAUCUUGUUCAUCUAUGAAUCAGGUUGUUAUUAUUAAGCAACAGCCUAUAGUAAACUGAGCAUUUUACAUUAUGCUGUUUAUUGUAACUUAAUUUUCAACCCUUUGUGAACAUCCUCUUCUUCGUUACCCUUAGUUUAUUUUUCUUGAUUUUAUUUUAUUUUUCUGUGUGUGAGAAUGGAUGGGAAAGGGAAUGUAGUGGUGAGAACCGGACAAUACCCUAGCAGUUCUGUCUUCAGAGGAAUAUGAUGUUAUGACUGUGCUACAUUAGGCACAAUGAAAUGAUCUGAAGUGAACAAAAAUGGGUUAAUUUUUUCUAAUCAUGAAGCACUGUUGGUUAGUUACAUGUUAUUGUAAAUGUCCAAACAGAAUAAAUGUGGUCACUAAUUCUA